UAAAAAUCAUAGAGAGAGAUAGAACAUCAAAUGCGAGAGAAAGAGAGUUGUUGAGAGAGGGAUAGAGAGAGGAGGAAUGCCAUUUCCAUUCCUUAGUCGAGCAAGAAAUGGAGUAAGCUUUUGAGCCAGAGAAAAAAAGAUAAAAAAUACAGGCUUAAGACCUCGUGUUUCAGAGAUCUUUAACGCAAAGACCCUCCACACUUCAGCCCUACUGAAGCCAAAAAACAGAGGAGCUGCAGUGCAGCUCUAAUGGCAGCCUCAAAUGGAAGCGAAUGGUUUGAGGUGGACAUGGAUAGUCACACCGAGCACUUCUCCAGGUCCUCCAACGCUGCAGCAGUUGCAGAGGAGGAAGAGGAGCUCCUUUGGGCUGCUAUUGAAAGGCUUCCUUCUCAGAAACGCUCGAAUUUUGCGAUCUUGAAAAGGAGUGCCUCCGAUAACCCAGGGAACAGCCACGGAGUCCUCCCAACGACCGUUGAUGUAAGGAAGCUGAGUCGAUCUGGCCGUGAACUCGUCGUCAAGAAGGCUCUGAACACAACCGAGCAAGAUAACUAUAACCUUUUGGCAAGCAUCAAAACUCGGCUUGACAGAGUUGGUUUGGUUGCUCCAAAAGUGGAAGUGAGAUUUGAGAACCUGAACGUGUCAGCAAAUGUUCAUGUGGGUGGAAGAGCUUUACCUACUCUCGUAAACAGCAUCCGAGAUUCAGUGGAGCAAUGCCUCACUGCUUUGAGACUGCUUCCAUCUCAGAAACACUCUUUGACCAUCCUCGACAAUGUCAGUGGCAUUGUGAAGCCACGGAGGAUGACCCUGCUCUUGGGGCCUCCCGCUUCUGGGAAAUCGACAUUGUUGAUGGCUCUUGCUGGGAAAUUGGACAAGACCUUAAAGACAAGUGGGCAUAUUACAUACAAUGGUGAGUCGCUUAAGAACUUCUACCCAAGGAGGACUUCUGCAUAUGUAAGUCAGACUGACAAUCAUAUUGGGGAGCUUACUGUUCGUGAAACACUGGAUUUUGCUGCAAGAUGCCAAGAUUCUAGCGGCCAAACUGCAGGAUACCUGAGUGAUCUGACAAAACUCGAGAAGGAGAGGAAAAUACGUCCAAGUCCCGCAAUUGAUGCUUUUAUGAAGGCAGCUUCAGUUGGAGGAAAGCACUCCCUUGCAACUGACUAUGUCAUGAGAGUACUUGGCCUUGACGUCUGUGCAGAUACCCUAGUAGGUAGUGACAUGGACAGAGGUGUUUCUGGUGGUCAGAAGAAGAGAGUGACUACAGGGGAAAUGGUGGUUGGACCAAGGAAAACACUCUUUAUGGACGAAAUAUCUACGGGACUUGAUAGUUCAACUACUUUCCAAAUUGUUAAAUGCCUUGGAAAUUUUGUUCAUCUCAUGGAGGGAACUGUGUUAAUCGCUCUUCUUCAGCCAGCUCCAGAGGCAUAUGAACUUUUUGAUGAUCUAAUACUCUUAUCUGAGGGACAAAUUGUUUAUCAAGGUCCUCGAGAAUCUGUUCUGGAGUUCUUCGAGUCACUGGGAUUUGUGAUACCAGUUCGUAAGGGAGUUGCAGAUUUUCUUCAAGAGGUCACGUCUAGGAAAGAUCAGGCCCAAUAUUGGGCUGACAACUCGAGGCCCUAUGUUUUUGUUCCAACUUCAAAAAUUGCAGAAGCAUUCAGGGAAUCUAAAUAUGGAAAGCUCGUCGAGUCCAAUCUUGUGGUUCCUUUUAAUAAAGAAAAUGAUAAUCAAUCAGCCCUAGCACGAUCUAGAUAUGCUGUUUCAAAAUGGGAGAUUUUUAAGGCCUGCUUUUCCAGGGAACUACUUUUAAUAAGUCGGCAUCGCUUCUUAUAUAUCUUCAGGACAUGCCAAGUUGCAUUUGUUGGACUUAUCACAUGUACGAUGUUUUUAAGGACUAGGAUACACCCCACUGAUGAGAUAAAUGGGAAUCUUUAUCUAUCUUGCUUGUUUUUUGGGCUUGUGCAUAUGAUGUUCAAUGGGUUUUCUGAGCUGCCCAUAUUGAUAACACGGCUUCCUGUGUUCUAUAAGCAGAGAGAUAAUUUGUUUUAUCCUGCUUGGGCAUUUUCGAUUCCUAGUUGGAUUCUGCGCGUACCUUACUCCAUUGUUGAAGCACUUAUAUGGUCGUGUGUUGUGUAUUAUACAGUUGGAUUUGCUCCUGAAGGUGGCAGGUAUUCCUUUUUCAGCUUUUCCUGUUGGUAUAUUUUUUCUAUUUCCUAUAAUAUUUUAUUUUGUUUCUCAUUUCUUACAAUGUAUUUCAGGUUUUUCCGCUUCAUGUUCAUAUUAUUUUCAGUGCACCAGAUGGCCCUUGGACUUUUCAGGACGAUAGGUGCAAUAGGGCGAGACAUGGUGGUUACAAACACAUACGGUUCUUUUGCACUUCUUAUUGUGUUUUUGCUGGGGGGAUUCAUACUUCCAAGAGAUACCAUAAAACCCUGGUGGAUUUGGGCCUACUGGAUAUCUCCACUUUCAUAUGGACAAAAUGCAAUAUCAGUAAAUGAGUUCAUCGCUCCUCGAUGGAUGAAGGAAUCAACUUUUGGGAGUGAUACAGUAGGACACAAUGUCCUCAGAUCCCAUGGACUUCCUGUGAGGGGAUACUGGUAUUGGCUUGGUGUAGGGGUUUUACUGGCAUACAGCGUGCUUUUCAAUGUUUUAUCAACAUUAGCUCUGAAACACCUUAAUGCACUCAGGAACACUCAGGCAGUUAUUCCUUCUGAUGCCACAAAGGGAAGUAAUGUUGAAAAUGAUCAUUCCCACUCUACCCAAGAGCUUCCGGUCAAAGUACCUCAGACGGCUUCGGUUUUAGGCACCAGCCCUGAAAGAUCCACUGUAAACACUAAUUCUAAGAAUGGGAUGAUUCUUCCCUUCCAGCCAUUAUCAAUGACGUUUCAUAAUGUGAAUUAUUUUGUCAAUAUGCCCAAGGAAAUGCGUCGAGAAGGCGUUCCUGAAAAGAGGCUCCAACUUUUAUCAAAUGUGAGUGGGAUAUUUAGGCCCGGUGUCCUUACUGCUUUGGUUGGUUCAAGUGGAGCUGGGAAGACCACACUUAUGGAUGUCCUUGCUGGUAGGAAAACCGGUGGAUAUAUUGAGGGAGAUAUUAGAAUAUCAGGUCAUCCCAAAGAACAGAAGACAUUCGCAAGAAUUUCAGGAUAUGUCGAACAAAAUGAUAUACACUCCCCUCAAAUAACAGUAGAAGAAUCCCUGUGGUACUCAUCAUGGUUACGCCUUCCAAAGGAAGUCACCCGAGAAAGACAACUUGAAUUUGUUGAAGAAGUAAUGAAAUUGGUUGAACUUGACGCUCUAAGACAUGCUCUGGUUGGUCUUCCUGGGAGUUCUGGUCUCUCAACUGAACAAAGGAAACGGCUUACUAUUUCAGUGGAGCUUGUAGCUAAUCCUUCAAUUAUCUUUAUGGAUGAACCCACAUCUGGCUUAGAUGCAAGAGCUGCAGCAAUCGUGAUGCGUACUGUUCGUAAUACUGUUGAUACUGGCAGAACUGUGGUUUGCACAAUACAUCAACCAAGUAUUGAUAUAUUUGAGUCAUUUGAUGAGCUCCUCCUUAUGAAGAGAGGUGGACAAGUUAUCUAUGGAGGUCCACUUGGAGAGCACUCACAGUUGAUGAUAAAGUAUUUCCAGUCAAUUACUGGGAUCCCUGCUAUUCCCCAUGGAUACAAUCCUGCAACAUGGAUGCUCGAGAUCAGUACACAGGCUUGGGAGCAGAAGAUAGGCCAGGACUUUGCAUCAAUUUAUAGAAACUCUGAUCAAUACAGGGAAGUAGAGGGUCUGAUUGAACAUUUAAGUAGUCCUGUUGCUGGCUCAGAGCCCCUGAAGUUUGCUACCGAAUUUCCACAAGACACUGCCACCCAAUUUAAAGUAUGCCUUUGGAAACAAAACCUGACAUACUGGAGGAGUCCUCAUUACAAUGUUGUGCGGUUGUUCUUCUCCACAAUAUGCGCGUUGAUAUUUGGCUCUGUAUUUUGGAAUAUUGGAUCGAAGAGGGAAACAAUCCAAGACUUAUUCAAUGUGAUGGCGGCUCUUUAUUCAGCUUGUUUGUUUCUUGGAGUGAACAAUUCCUCAUCAAUACAACCAAUUAUAUCCAUGGAGAGAACUGUUUAUUAUAGAGAGAAGGCUAGUGGGAUGUAUUAUCCUUUCCCAUAUGCAGCAGCACAGGGUCUUGUGGAGAUCCCGUACAUUGCUGUUCAAACAUUACUUUUCGGUGGCAUUACAUACUUCAUGAUAGGCUUUGAGAGAACACUAGUGAAGUUCUUGCUCUACAUGUUGUUCAUGUUCCUCACUUUCUCCUACUUCGCGUUCUAUGGAAUGAUGGCAGUUGGUUUGACAUCCUCUCAGCACCUUUCGGCUGUUGUCUCUUCUGCAUUCUACUCAUUAUGGAAUCUUCUCUCUGGUUUCCUCGUCCCAAAACCAAUGAUCCCUGGCUGGUGGAUCUGGUUCUACUACAUAUGCCCGGUAGCCUGGACCCUACAAGGGAUCAUCACUUCCCAAUUGGGUGAUGUGGACACUAGGGUGGUGGGACCAGGCUUCGAUGGAACAGUGAAAGAAUAUCUCGAGGUAUCUUUGGGCUACGACACUAGCAUGACGGGUAUCAGUGUGGUUGUGCUCUUGGCGUUCAUCUUGUUCUUUUUCUCCAUAUUUGCAGCUUCGAUCAAGUUCUUGAAUUUUCAGAAGAGAUGAGAUGAGAUGAGAUGAGAUGAGACAAGAUAACUUUUUUUUCUUUUUAGUUCGAAUGGGCUCAAGGCUAGGCGGUUAGGGUUUUAUUCUUUUUAGUUCAAAUGGGCUCAAGGCUAGGCGGUUCGGGUUGUAGUGCGGCACCAACAGGAAGUCUUUGAGUUCUAUUUCUACCAUGACUAAAAGACCCCCGCUGAUUUUCUCUUACGUUUUUGCUCCUACUCAAGAUAUUGGGGGUACACGAGAGUUAUGCUUUGUCUUUACUUUCCUAUUCCAAGUUUCUGUUUGUAAAUUCAUUUUUUUUUGUUUUUUUGUGAUCGCAAGUUGGUGCCUUGAUUUUUAUUCUCUUUAGUUUUUUGCUCCCUUUUAUGUUUCAUAGACACGGUAAUGUGUAUUAUUGUUGGACAUAGAUAAAGCGUCCAAAACGCUAUAAACCACCCUUCUUUCCUUCAAAAAAAGCGAGAGGUGGCUUUGUGUGCUUUUUAUUGAGAUUUUGAGAUGAAAGGUUAAGAAGAAGUUUCUUUAGUUG